GGUAUAUUUAAAUUUAAUGGUCUAGUUUAGCAAUGAUGAGGCAGCAUCUCCUGUUUAAAACUCCCUUACCUUGCCAUGAAACUGAGCCCCUGAGACUUGCCAUGUGUUGCUCUAAUUCUGGACACUGACUAUGUGACAUUGUGAUGCAACCUGGUUUUCUUGCUUCAGAGCUCCUUUUGGGAAACUGUUUAUGACAAAGACCAAGCAUGCGUGCACACCAUCUCCAGCUCAAAGAACAAAAUAAAAACCUCACCAGUUACCACCACGGUGUUGGAAUUUGAAUCCAUGAAAUCUCUGCUCCAGAAGGCAACAUGUUAAAAAAUCUCACUCCAACUUGCAAGGUCAGAGGAACUCUAGAAGCUGGGUUGUAUCUUGCUGAAACUGGUUGCCUUUGCUUGGUUGAUACAAUAGCAGAAGAUCCAGAGGUUCUGCAAGGAGAUGCUCAAACAUAUUAUGAAAAACUCUUGAAGAAAUCAUUGCCCACUGCUGAUGUUUUUUCCAUCCCUGGAGGACAAGAGGUUAAACUUGAAGAUUCCUGUGUGUGUUUUGUCCCCCUCUACCGAAAUAAUCCUACUUGCAAACUGUUGCUGUUAACUGAUCCAAAGGAUAAAGAGACAGUCUUGGCAGUUUAUUUGGGCCGGCGUUGGUGGCCUGUUGAAGAGGUGGUGAAGACGGCUGAUCCUGCUAGAGAUGGGCUGCUUUUGGUCCAGACAUUUGCAGAAAGGAUUGUCCUCUUUGUUCUGAACUACAUUAUUUUUGGAAUGCUGGAAGGGAGUUCAGCUAAUGAUGCAUUCUUUCUACCUCACUCUGCCACCGAGUGUGCCAAGAUACUCUGGAGGAACGGCGAGGCUGUUGCCUUUUACUCGGUCAAGAUGAAAGGGAGCCUGUGUGAUGGUACAACCAGUCAGUGUUACUUGCUGCCAGUCUUGGAUACUAUAUUUGUCCGGAGAAAGUGCAGAAGAGGUGGCCUAGGGAUGAAAAUGCUGCAUGAUUUCUGUCAGUCUUUCCUGGCUGAGGAUGCCUUGGGGAUCAGCUGCCCUAUUUCUGCUGCCAUGUAUCAAGUUUGCCAGAAAUUCCUGCAGGUUUAUCCCGAGGAGCAGAAGCGACUGUGGGAGGUGGAAGCACCGGGAGAUUGGAGCCAACGAGCGAAUAUCUGGUUAAAAAUUCAGAUGGAGUUAUUCCCUUCAGGAAAGGCAGCAAUGGGCUCUCAUAUGGAGAAUACUCCAGCCAGUAAACCCAGGCAAUCAGAAGUGGACCAGAUGAAUAAGGGUGUUGAAUGCUUUCCUGGUGCUGGGAGAGGGGCAGGAGAUGCCACAGAGAAAAAAGAUGACACAGCAGCAGCAGGGACUCUAAACCCACAAGGUCCUGAAGAAGAGGACUUGGAAAAAGGUGCAGGCAAUACUCGGCAACACAAAGGACUCAGGAAAAGAGCAAGCCCUGGGGACUUGGUUGGAGACAAGGCCACCAAACAACUUAGAACUACACCAUAAUUGCUGUUCCAGAAAUCAGCAAAUUCAGUAUAGUCUUAAAAAUUGUAAUUGACUGUUCUUAAUUUGUGACACUGCAGAAAUUUCUUCAGGUAAGAUGUAAUUUUUUUGCAACACGUGCUCUCCGUUUUAUGUUUUGUUUUAAAUAAAGCUUUUGUUUACUCAA